GUUGGCUAGAAAAAGACCACGAAGAUGUGUGUCUUCACAACCUUACCCACAUCAUACCUGAGUUGAUCCUCCCUGUGCGCCUCUUGACUUGUGAUGGAGUCUGCUAUUGGUGUGCUGGUGUCCAAGUUCAAGGCGUAUGCUGGUAGUGACGGUUCCUCUGACACACUGAGCAGAGAUGAGUUUCGCAGUCUGGUCACAUUAGAGCUCCCCAGCUUUGUCAAGAAUGCUGGCGACCCCACUGCCAUGGACCAGCUCAUGAGCUCAUUGGACGAGAACAACGAUGGAGAGCUCAACUUCCUGGAGUUCUGGCAGCUGAUUGGGCAUCUUGCGUGCAAACAUGGGGGGUUCAGCCAAUAGAGUGUCCUCAGAUGCACUGUUACAGUUCCACGUGUGUUACUAAAUUGUCUGUGUGCCAUACACUUAGAGAAAAUGGGAAAACGGCCAAAUGGAAAACACCCUAAACUCUGAUUCGAAUGCUAAAUGCUGUGUUUUUCAUCAGUAGUGUGAAUUUCUCCUCACCCCCAUCCUCUCACCAGCAACUGCCAAACUGGCAGACUGUUGUGUCACAGAAUACUAUUGAUCAGUUUCAGCAAUAUUAGAACCAGUCCUAGUUCCCAGCAGACACAUACACACACACACACACACACACACACACACUCAUACACCAACACAUACACACAGCUGCUUGUGCUUACAGGUCUACAAGGGAGUUGCAGUAUGGGAAUGCGAAUGUGUGUGUGUGUGUGUGUGUGUGUGUGUGUGUGUGUGUGUGUUAGCAGCACUAUGUAUUCUUGGCGUUCCUAAUUCUUGGAAAACACACCUUGUGGAGUAAAUCACCUCCCACCAGCAACCAAACAGAGGUGUGGUGUGUCGGCAGAGAAAGAUUAAUAUGUUAAAAGCUGGAAAUAAAAUCUAAAGACUUGUUUA